AUUGUAGACUCCGCCUCUUCUUCACUUUAAAAGUAUCAGUUUCCACUGACAAAAUCCUAAACUAUUUCCCUUUCUUCUUUUUCUUCCUUCUUACAACUUUUUUUUUUCAAGGUGUUCAAACGAUGUCUGCUGUUUUUGAAACGGAGACUUCAAUCUUCCAUAUGUACCCGCAAACGCAAAUGCAAACGUUUGUGCAAGAACCCGUGGAGGAGGCACCGGUUGCUAGACAAAACUCGAUCUUGUCGCUAACUCUUGACGAGAUUCAGAUGAAAAGCGGCAAGAGCUUCGGGGCGAUGAACAUGGACGAGUUCCUAGCGAACUUGUGGACGACCGUUGAAGAAAACGACAACAGCGGAGGAGGAGGAGGAGGAGGAGGAAGUGUGGCUCACCACGGGGAGAAGCCGGCGGUGCUGCCACGGCAAGGUUCGUUGUCCCUCCCGGUUCCUUUGUGCAAGAAGACCGUGGACGAGGUUUGGCUCGAGAUACAAAACGGUGUACAACAGCAUCACCGUUCGUCAACUUCCCGUCAAAACUCCGACGAAGAUAUCCGCCGGCAACAAACCCUUGGUGAGAUCACUCUCGAGGAUUUUCUUGUUAAGGCUGGUGUUGUACAAGAACCAUUGAAGACAACCAUGAGGAUGUCCAGUGCUGAUUUUGAUUAUAAUAACCCGGAGUUUGGAGUCGGUUUACAUUGUCAGAACCAAAACAAUUACGCUGAUAACCGGUCGGUUUACAAAGAAAACCGGCCGUAUUACUCGGUUUUGGGAGACUCUUCAAGCUGUAUGACCGGGAAUGGGAGGAUCAGUAAUAAUCAGUACAUAACCGGUUUAGAUGCUUUUAGGAUCAAGAAACGGAUCAUUGACGGUCCACCUGAGGUUUUGAUGGAGCGGAGACAACGCCGGAUGAUCAAAAACCGGGAAUCUGCGGCUCGGUCUCGUGCCCGGAGACAAGCUUAUACUGUGGAACUGGAGUUGGAAGUGCACAACCUUACCGAAGAAAACACGAAGCUGAAGGAAAGUGUGGAGGAGAAUGAGAAGAAAAGAAGACAAGAGAUAAUAAAUAGAAGCAAACAUGUGACAAAAGAGAAGAGCGGAGACAAAUUGAGAAAGAUUCGGAGGAUGGCUAGCGCCGGGUGGUAGAUAAGAAAGAUAUCAGAUAUGAGAGUUUGUGUAAUUUACAUAUAAUAUUAUAUUUGGUCAUUUCAAUCUAUACAAAUAUAUAAAUAUUUAUAAAUCUAUUUGUGUAUAGGAUCAUCUAUUUAUCUAUACUCAUAAAUAACGUAUCUCCGGAUACUUAUUUUCCUUCUUAUGAAAGUGUGUGUAAUGGUUUGAAAAUUGAAUUGAGCCUUUGUGUGUAAAUUUGAAUAAGAGGUAAAUUAGUUAA